AGACUCACUCCUCACUCUUCCUUCUUCUUUCUCACAAACAACACAGAGGAGAAAAUCCAUUUAGAUUUAGUGGAAGAAGAGGCAUACAGUAAAAAAAAAUAAUUAGCCUAUGGAGUUAGCCAAGCCUUCUUCAGUGUUUGCUAUUCAAGACCACCAAUCCUCUUCUCCUCCCACUCCCAUAUGGAAAACGGUUGUUGUGGCCUCCAUCGCCGCCGGGAUUCAGUUCGGAUGGGCGUUGCAGCUGUCGUUGCUGACCCCCUACGUUCAGCUUCUCGGCAUUCCCCACAAGUGGGCUGCUUUUAUCUGGCUCUGUGGUCCCAUCUCCGGCAUGAUUGUGCAGCCGGUAGUUGGUUACCACAGCGACCGCUGCACAUCCCGGUUUGGGCGUCGCCGCCCCUUCAUCGCCGCCGGGGCUGUUCUCGUUGCCAUCGCUGUGUUUCUCAUCGGCUACGCAGCCGACAUCGGAAGGGUUUCCGGCGACCCCCUCCAUAAUACUAUCAAAACCAGGGCGGUUGCGGUGUUCGUGGUUGGGUUUUGGAUUCUGGAUGUGGCUAAUAAUAUGCUUCAAGGCCCUUGCCGAGCCCUCCUAGCGGAUCUCUCCGGCACCAGCGCUCGGCGGACUCGAACGGCGAACGCGCUGUAUUCGUUUUUCAUGGCCGUCGGCAACGUCCUCGGCUACGCUGCCGGCUCCUUCAGCAAACUCCACAAGAUGUUCCCCUUCGCCAGAACCCAAGCCUGCGACCUCUAUUGCGCCAAUCUCAAAAGCUGCUUUUUCCUUUCUAUCGCGCUUCUUCUAAUUCUGACAAUCAUCGCAUUCGCCACCGUGCACGAAACCCCGCUCAACAGAGCCGACAUCGCCGUCGUCGAAGCCGGACAACCGUUCUAUUCCCAGAUGAUGAAUGCCUUCAGGCAGCUGAGAAGGCCCAUGUGGGUGCUUCUCCUUGUGACGUGUCUCAACUGGAUUGGCUGGUUCCCUUUCCUUCUCUUCGACACCGAUUGGAUGGGCAGAGAGGUGUACGGAGGCACCGUCGGAGAAGGCCCCAGAGGAAGGCUGUACGAUCUGGGAGUCCGCGCGGGUUCAUUGGGGCUGAUGCUGAACUCUGUGGUUCUGGGGUUGAUGUCUCUCGGAGUUGAGUUCUUUGGCCGUGGGGUUGGCGGCGUGAAGCGCCUCUGGGGUGGCGUCAAUUUUCUGCUGGCGCUGUGCUUGGCACUGACGGUACUUGUUAGCAAGUUGGCAGCGUCGUGGCGGCACAGCCUUGGCGGAGAGCUUCACCCACCGCCGAUCGGCAUCAAGGCUGGAGCGUUAUCUCUGUUCGCUGUUAUGGGGGUACCUCUUGCGAUCACCUACAGCAUUCCAUUUGCUCUGGCUUCCAUAUUUUGCCACAGUUCUGGUGCAGGCCAAGGACUUUCUCUUGGAGUUCUAAAUCUUGCAAUUGUUGUACCGCAGAUGAUGGUGUCGGUAGCGAGCGGGCCAUGGGACGCGCGAUUUGGGGGCGGCAACCUUCCCGCGUUUGUAGUAGGUGCGUUUGCAGCCGCGCUGAGCGGAGUGUUGGCGCUGACUAUGCUCCCAGCUCCUCCUCCUGAUGUCCCUAACACCAAGGAUGAGAGGACUCAGCCGUCGUCUUAAUUUUGAUUUAGGGUUGUUUAGAGUGAUGUGUUUCCAUUUGGAGCGUCGUCUGUAAUGCCAGUCUCUCUUUCAAAUGUACACAUGCAUAGGCUUAAGCUUGCAUGCAAGCUAUAUAUAUGGCCGUUUUCAGUUUUA